GAAAGCUGGCAGUGAGAAUGAGAGCAGAGCUGCGUACAGGGCAGAGGCGCACUAGCAUCAGGUUUCCUAGCCUGUUCCCCGACCUGGGCCAUGGGCUGCCGCCUGCAAGAGCACACAGGCUUCCCGAGAUGAAGAGCGAUAGGCGGAGGGCACAGGGAGGGGGAGAGGGCUGUAAGUGACCCAGGGAUCCCUGCUUCUCUCCCCCCCACCAUUACACAUACACAGCAGGUGGAUGUGUCUGUAACCUGAUCACAGCACUCAGGACUGGAUAGAGACACACACAGAGUCCCCAGUAAAUGCCCUGUAUUCAAGCCCAGCAUGGAAGUCUGUCUCAGUGUGCAGGUCCCUGCGAUAGCUAUUUGCAAGACAUCUUAAACUCCGAGUUUGGCAAAUUCACCAUGGACCUUGUUAACAGCGAAAUUACAGCUUCCACCUCCUUGCCCAGUUUCAGCACCUUCAUGGACGGUUACACCGGAGAAUUUGACGCCUUUCUGUACCAGAUCCCUUCCACGAACCCACAGUCCUCCGUAAAGGUGGAAGAGUUUCAGGUAUUUGGUUGCUACCCUGGUUCGUUCGCAAACCAGCUAGACGAAACCAUGUCAUCAAGUGGAUCGGAUUAUUAUGGCAGUCCUUGCUCCAUUCCUUCUCCAUCAACCCCAGGAUUCCAGAAUCCUCCGAUGCCUACAUGGGAGAGUUCUUAUGGAGCUUAUUCCCCUACACAGAGUUAUGAUGGCAUGAGGCCCUGGACUGAGCAGCAGAAAAACAGUAUUCCUCAGCCUUCAUUUUUUUCAUUCGGUACACCAGCUCACAGCCCAAACAUGGCUCAGAAUCCCUUAAAAAUGGCACCAACCCCACACAGACUCGAGCAACAGGUUGUGGAUUCUGAUGUGUUUGCUUUGGCACAGAACUCUGCUUCUGGCUUUUCUACUGUGUCUCUUAAUCAGGGCCCUGUUGUUUUGGACAGUUCUAUUUUACUUGACAGUCCUUUGUCCCCUUCAAAAGCACGUAGUCCCAACUCUAACGAAGGACGAUGUGCUGUCUGUGGCGAUAACGCAUCUUGCCAGCAUUAUGGGGUACGAACCUGUGAAGGAUGCAAAGGUUUUUUUAAGAGGACUGUACAGAAAAAUGCCAAGUACAUCUGCUUGGCUAACAAGGACUGUCCGGUGGACAAAAGACGCAGGAAUCGCUGCCAGUUCUGCCGCUUUCAGAAAUGCUUAGCGGUGGGAAUGGUAAAAGAAGUUGUACGAACAGACAGUUUGAAGGGCAGGAGGGGCCGACUGCCAUCAAAACCAAAGCAAGUCCCAGACGCUUUUCCGGUCAGCCUGAUCAAUUCUCUGGUGCGGGCACACAUUGACUCGGUUCCCAGCUCAAGCAAACUGGACUAUUCCAAGUUUCAGGAGAAUGUCCCUGUCCAGUUGGAGAAGGAGAACGCUUUGGACGUGCAACAGUUUUAUGACCUACUUUCUGGUUCCUUGGAAGUUAUACGCAAGUGGGCAGAGAAAAUCCAGGGCUUUGCAGAUCUCCCCAAAGAAGACCAGGAUCUCCUGCUAGAGUCUUCCUUUUUGGAGCUCUUCAUCCUGCGACUGGCUUACAGAUCGAAGCCCGAUGAAGGAAAGCUGAUCUUCUGCAAUGGAGUGGUUCUGCACCGCACACAGUGUCUCAGGGGUUUUGGAGAAUGGAUAGACUCAAUCAUUGAGUUCUCAUACACUCUGCAGCGCAUGAACAUUGACGUCCCAUCUUUCUCCUGCCUCUCCGCCCUAGUCAUAAUUACAGAUAGACAUGGGUUGAAAGAGUCCAAGAAAGUUGAAGAACUUCAGAACCGGAUUAUUAAUUGCCUUAAAGAGCAUGUGCCAACCAGUGUUAACGAGUUGAACAGGUCUAACUGUCUGUCCAAACUGCUUGGAAAGCUUCCGGAGCUUAGAACCCUUUGCACACAGGGUCUUCAACGUAUCUUCUACCUGAAGCUCGAGGACCUUGUGCCACCCCCUCCUAUUGUAGAGAAGAUCUUCAUGGACACGUUGCCUUUCUGAAUGAACACCCUGCAUUUUGAUUGUAGGUCCACAAGAAAAGGAGGCUUAAUGAUACACCGAGGAGGGAAGUGUGUCACCUGAUAAGACUUCUUUGAAUCUUUUAUAUUAGGUGCCUAAUUCAGCAGAUCCACAUCACAGUGUGAUCUACUGGAUAGUAUUUGUAGACUUUCUAUUUUUAAUACUGCAGAGAAUCCAGAUGUGCCUUUGGCUGAGAUAGACGAUUAUCCAUUAUGUCUCCCUCUUUCAUCUCUGUAUUGAGUACGUACAGAGUUCAUCUGGCUCCCUCACAGCUUCUACAGAAAAGGGCCUGUUUUUCACAUCACUGACUAUAAACCUAACGUGAUGGGAGUCUCUCCCAGGCGCACACUCCACCAGGCCAUUUGGAUGGACCCCGUUUCAUUUCACAGCCAGUUUUUAAAGACUUGUACAUACCUUGAAGAGAAAAAUGUACAUAGAACUAAAAAUGCAGUGGUGACUAUGGAUCUCACAGCCUCCUGGGCUGUGUGUAUAUAUGUGUAAUUUUUGAGAAGAAUACAUUUAUAUUUGUGUAUCUUACCGGAUUUACAGUAUGUGUUUUCUGAUUAAUAUAUAUUUAAUAUAUUGAAUAAAAAAGAUGCUGUAAUAGUACAA